AUGGGACAUACACAAGAGCAAUGUCAUAGGAGAGUCAACAAAGGGAGGAAGCAAUGGGUUCCUAAAGUGGUUCAAUCUACAACUACCUUAGCUCCCAUUUCUGUUCCUGCAGCCAAGGAGACAACCAUAGCUCCAGAAGUUGAUGUAGAGGGUUUUGUUCUUGCUACUGCUGGAUUCAGUAGACACAGGUGCAACCAGUUGAAACCUGUACAAACUGGAAACUCAUUCAUGGAAUUACAUACUUCUGAUGACAAUGAGGAAGAACUAGGGCUGAACAGAAGAGAUAAACAAGGGGAGGUGAGGAGGUUUAUUGCCUCUCAUCACAUUAAAAUGUUCAGCCUUCUAGAAACUAGGGUGAAAGCCCCUAGAAUGGGUGACAUGUACCUUAAUGUUUGCCCUAGUUGGUGUUUUUCUACCAAUCUCAGCUGCCAUCAAAAUGGUAGAAUAGUUAUUGCAUGGGACCCUGAUGCAUUUAUGGUUGAUAUUGUUCUGAUGCAUACUGAGUUCAUGCAUUGUUUUGUUACACCUAGAAGCACUGGUACUGGUUUUCAUUGCACAUUCAUAUAUGGUCUCCAUGACAGAACCACCAAAGAAUCUCUAUGGGAAUCUCUUAAAGCCAUUGCCGACAAGUGCAAAGAGGCUUGGAUCAUUAUGGGGGAUUUCAAUGCCCUCAUGGAUCUUGAGGACAGAAUUGGCUCCACUGUUAGAACAUCUAAAAUUCAGCCUAUGAGAAGCUGUAUGAACUACUGCCAGUUGACUGAAGUAAAAACAGUAGGAAGAUUUUAUACUUGGAACAAUAAGCAAGAUGGUGCAUAUAGAGUGUUUUCCAGAAUUGACAGGGUUCUGGCUAACACUAAGUGGGGAGAUCUGUAUUACUCUGCUGAAGCAGCUUACUUGCGUGAAGGUGAUUUUGACCAUUGCCCAAUGGUUCUCAACUGUUACCAAAAGUCUCCACAGAAAAGGCCAUUUAGGUUCUACAAUAUGUGGACCUCCUCUCCUAGGUUCCAUACCAUUGUGGAUACAAAUUGGGGAAAGUAUGUCUAUGGACGCCCUAUGUACAGAGUAUUACAGAAGUUGAAAGGGAUCAAUGUUGAUCUUAAGGAUCUAAACAGGGAGGGUUACAGUGAUGUUGAAACUGAACACUACAGGUGCCAUAAGUUAUUGAUUGAAACUCAAAACCACCUCCAUGCUAACCCUGGGAACCAUGACCUUGCUGCAGAAGAGAAAACCGUUGCUACUGAAUAUAGGAAAGCUAAGGAUAAUUACUUGUCCUACUUGAAACAAACUGCUAAGAUUCACUGGCUUCAGAAUGGAGAUGAAAACACCAAAUCUUUCCACCAAAGCAUUAGACAGAGGAGGAAACACAAUAGAAUCCAGUCAAUUCAUGACAACUCUGCUAAUUGGAUUCAAACUGAUAGUGGGGCGCAAGGUGCUUUUGUUCAGUUCUACAAGUCUCUUUUCUUUUCCAACAUUGAGAAUAGGACCCCUAUUCUAAGUUCCAUCAUGGAUAGAGGUCGUAGACUGACUGAUGAUCACAGGAGGAAAUUGGAAUGCUCUUUCACAGUUGAGGAUAUUAAGAGAGUUCUAGAUGAUAUUCCUAGCUUUAAAGCACCUGGGAUGGAUGGUUUUAACAACCAUUUCUUCAAAGAAGCUUGGGAUAUCAUCUCUCAAAACCAGGGUGCUUUUGUGGCUGGAAGGUCUAUUUUGCAUAAUGUUCUGGUUUGCCAGGAUAUUGUGAAAAUGUACAGGAACAGUCAGCAUGUUCCUUGUUGUCUGAUGAAACUAGAUUUGCAAAAAGCCUAUGAUACUGUUGAGUGGAGUUUCUUAGAAGAAGUCAUGACCAACUUGGGCUUUCCUGUUCAUUUCAUUAACUUAGUCAUGACCUGCCUUACCACCACUCAUUACUCAGUUUUGAUAAAUGGUGUUCCAACAGAGCUGAUUCAACCAACUAGAGGUUGGAUUCAACCAACUAGAGGGGAACAUCCACAUUUCAGAUUUCACUCUAGAUGCAAAUUGCUGUCCUUGAAUCACCUGUGCUUUGCUGAUGAUCUGCUUAUGUUCUGCAGAGGUGACCCAAAUGUUGUUUCUGUUAUGUUGGAGGGGUUUAAGAUUUUCUCUAGUACAACUGGCCUGGAAGUAAAUGCAGCCAAAUCCUCUAUCUACUGUUGUGGCAUCAGUCAGGAAAAUAGAGAAACAAUCAGUCAGGUUUAUGGGUUUAAGUUUGGCACUCUCCCCUUCAAAUAUCUGGGGGUUCCUAUUGUUAGGUUAUGA